CACGCCUCUGAGCCUAAAGGGGCCAUGGUGUUGUCGGAGUUGGCUGCCCGCUUGAACUGUACAGAGUACAAGAACUGGGUGAAGGCUGGUCACUGCUUGCUGCUUUUGCGCAGCUGCCUGCAGGGCUUCGUCGGCCAGGAAGUGCUCUCCUUCCACCGCAGCCUGCUCGCCGCAACUCCUAGCCUGGGCCCCCGCGCCACCUGUCGCGGCGGCUCGCGUUGCAGCCCGCGCGCCCGCCAGUUUCAGCCUCAGUGUGAGGUGUGCGCAGAGUGGAAACGGCAGAUUUUGAAACAUCACGUCAACCGGAAUGGAGACGUGCACUGGGGAAACUGCCGACCAGGCCUCUGGCCUGUCGACGCCUGGGAGGUGGCCAAGGCCUUCAUGCCCCGAGGACUGACAGGCAAGAAAGGACCCGAGGAAUGUGACGCAGUUGCGCUUUUAAGCCUCAUCAACUCCUGUGAUCACUUUGUGGUUGAUCGAAAAAGAGUCACAGAGGUGAUUAGGUGUCGUAAUGAAAUCAUGCACUCCUCAGACAUGAAAGUAUCCUCCCCAUGGCUUCAAGACUUUCAGGUGAAGAUCCAGAAUUUUCUGAGUGAAUUCAAGACUAUCCCAGAGAUUGUGGCGGCAAACUCCAGAAUCGAACAGCUGUUGCUUUCCGACUGGGCAGUUUACCUCCCCGAGGGAGAUCAGCUAGAUGGCUGUGAAUGUGCCGAGGGAACUUAUAUGAGCAUUAGCCAAGUGAAUGAAAUUGAAAUGGAAUUGCUAAAGGAGAAGCUUCAGGAGCUGUACAUGCAAGCGGAAGAACCUGACGUGUCACCUCAAGAGAUCUCGGAUCGACUGGCAGCAAUGGAGGAAUUUCUGAGAAACAAUGAGGAUCUUAGAAAUGGUCUCACGGAAGACAUGCAGAAGCUAGACAGCCUCCACCUACAGCACCAAAAACCAGAGGCAGAGGAGCCUGGGGAGGAACCGCCUGCAAAUGCAGCCGAAGGUUGCCCUCCAGCAAAAAUCAGGCGCGUUCCGUGAGAAUCGGCGUGGCUUCUGUCUCCGAGUCCGGGACCCGAACACAAAGGAACUCCUGGGAUUUUUCUUCCCCAUGGACUUUCCUUUGAUUCUUUGAGAAAAGUUUUUUUUUUUUCUUCACUAUGUAUAUCCAGAAACUUGGGGUUAUAUAAUCUAUACCACUCAAAAAUAAGA